AUGGCAAAACCUCUGCUGCUGGUUUUCUGCUUCUCACUGGUUGUGGCUCAGAGCUGGGGGUCCACCACUUUCCCCACAGGGACAAGUGAGCCCCCAGAUGCCCAGACAGUGGCGCCCACGGAGGAUGAGAUUCUGCAAAACGAAGCAGACAACCAGGAGAACGUCUUAUCUCAGUUGCUGGGAGACUAUGACAAAGUUAAGGCUGUGUCGGAGGGCUCAGACUGUCAAUGCAAGUGUGUGGUAAGACCCCUGGGCCGAGACGCCUGCAAGAGGAUCAAUGAAGGAACCUCCAGGAAAGAAGACUUCUACACCGUGGAGACCAUCACGUCAGGCUCAUCCUGCAAGUGUGCCUGUGUCGCGCCCCCAUCUGCCCUCAAUCCCUGUGAGGGAGACUUUAGGCUGCAGAAGCUCCGGGAAGCAGACAGCCGGGACUUGAAGCUCUCCACCAUCAUGGACAUGCUGGAGGGAGCUUUCUAUGGCCUGGAUCUCUUGAAGCUGCAUGCGGUUACCACCAAGCUGGUGGGGCGAGUGGAUAAGCUGGAGGAGGAAGUUUCAAAAAAUCUCACUAAGGAAAAUGAGCAAAUCAAAGAGGACAUGGAAGAAAUUCGGACUGAGAUGAACAAGCAAGGCAAAGAGAAUUGUUCCAGCAGCAUCCUAGACAGCAUACCAGACAUCCGGUCAGCCCUGCAGAGGGACGCGGCGGCGGCUUAUGCCCACCCAGAGUAUGAGGAGCGAUUUCUGCAGGAAGAAACUGUGUCCCAGCAGAUCAACUCCAUCGAGCUCAUGCAAACUCGGCCCCUGACUCCUCCAGCAAUGGUGAAGCCACAGCGGCCCCUGCAAAGGCAGGUCCACCUGAGAGGCCGACCAGCCUCCAAGCCCACAGUCAUCCGGGGCAUCACCUACUACAAAGCCAAGGACCCCGAGGAGGAGAAUGACAUCGAAGAGCAGCAAGAUGAGUUAUUCAGUGGCGAGAGUGGAGUGGAUUUGCUGAUUGAAGAUCAGCUCCUGAGACACAAAGAUCUGCUAACCAGCACCACCAAGGGGCCAGCAACUGACCAGAACACUCAGGCCACAUCCCUGUCUUCAGCGCCACCGCAGGCCUCGGCCUCCAUGCCCAGCGUCAAUGACCCAGUGGCCUCUGCUUCUGCUGAACACCUUUCAACACCCCAAACCACCUCUGUGCUUCCAGAUUCCACAGAGGAGGCUACCCCUAGACCUUCUACUCAGUGGCCAGCCACCACUGUGGCACAGACAGCUACCCAGCAACCUCCAGCCUCCGUUUUCCUGGAAGUGGCCCUUGGGGAUGCCUUUGUGGAAGAUACUCUGGUGGCCCCAAUCCCUCCCACCACAGUCAGGACAGACAUGCUGGGCAAAGAUGCUACUUCUGGCCAGGGCACAACCCCUGUGAGCCCCACCUUGAGCCCCGAAGAAGAGGAUGACAUCCGGAAUGUCAUAGGAAGGUGCAAAGACACGCUCUCCACAAUCACUGGGCCGACCACGCAGAACACAUAUGGGCGGAACGAGGGGGCCUGGAUGAAGGACCCCUUGGCCAAGGAUGAGCGAAUUUAUGUGACGAAUUAUUACUAUGGCAACACUCUGGUGGAGUUCCGAAACCUGGAAAACUUCAAGCAAGGUCGCUGGAGCAAUUCCUACAAGCUCCCCUACAGCUGGAUCGGCACAGGGCACGUGGUGUACAACAGCGCCUUCUACUACAACCGGGCCUUCACCCGCAACAUCAUUAAGUACGACCUGAAGCAGCGCUAUGUCGCCGCCUGGGCCAUGCUCCACGACGUGGCCUACGAAGAGGCCACCCCCUGGAGGUGGCAGGGCCACUCCGAUGUGGACUUCGCUGUGGACGAGAACGGCCUGUGGCUCAUCUACCCAGCCUUGGACGACGAGGGCUUCAGCCAGGAGGUCAUUGUCCUGAGCAAGCUCAACGCCGUGGACCUGAGCAUGAACAAGGAGACGACGUGGCGCACUGGGCUGCGGCGGAACUUCUACGGCAACUGCUUCGUGAUCUGCGGGGUGCUGUACGCGGUGGACAGCUACAACCAGCGCAACGCCAACAUCUCCUACGCCUUCGACACCCACACCAACACGCAGAUUGUGCCCAGGCUGCUGUUUGAAAACGAGUAUUCCUACACUACCCAGAUAGACUACAACCCCAAGGACCGUCUGCUCUAUGCGUGGGACAAUGGCCACCAGGUCACCUACCAUGUCAUUUUCGCCUACUGA